UCCGCACCGCGGCCUGUCUGUGGAGCUCGGUGUGUAUUAGUCCGCCUCGGCCUCCCUUUGCUCGGCCUUGGCUGGGAAGCAUCGAGGCGGGUAUGGAGGACAUGGUGCAGUAGGCAUAACGGGAAUGUGAAACUCCAGCACUGAAAUCACCCUACAAGACGCCUGCGUGUCUGCGUUGCCCUAAAAGACUUUUUCACCUGGUUUCUCAUGGAAGCAGAUGGAUUCGUGAGGAGGCGUCGGAUGACAGCGGAGACUGCAGGCAGUGAUCCCGGGGUUGCUGGUGCAUCUGCCGGGGCAGAAGUUCGAUGGCUGGGGGGCAGGUUCUGGGGAGUUUCUGAAAGUAUCGUGGGCAGCCUGACACCUCGGAUCGGAGGAGAAACGGAGCUGCAGACUGUUGAUUUUAUCCGCAAAGAUGCACCAGAUGCUGCACAGACAGAGGAGUGUGAGCCGGACUAUGAGGGCUUGCCACAGGGAGCCUCCACCAGCACCCACAUGUUGGCUGGAGCCGUGGCCGGGAUCAUGGAGCACUGCCUCAUGUUCCCCAUCGACUGUGUCAAGACGCGCAUGCAGAGCCUCCAGCCCGACCCUGCAGCCCGCUACAGGAACGUGAUGGACGCUCUUCGCCGAAUUGUGGCCACGGAGGGAGUCUGGCGGCCAAUGAGAGGGCUGAAUGCAACAGCAGUUGGGGCGGGACCUGCCCAUGCCCUCUAUUUUGCCAGCUAUGAGAAACUCAAAAAGACUCUAAGUGAUGUCAUUCACCCAGGGGCUAACAGUCAUUUGGCUAAUGGAACAGCUGGGUGUGUGGCCACGCUGCUUCACGAUGCAAUCAUGAACCCAGCCGAAGUUGUGAAGCAGCGCAUGCAGAUGUAUAAUUCGCCUUACCGCGGCGUGAUGGACUGUGUACGCGCCGUGUGGCAGAAAGAGGGCCCAGCUGCGUUUUACCGCAGCUACACCACCCAGCUCACCAUGAACGUGCCCUUCCAGGCGCUCCAUUUCAUGACCUACGAGUACCUCCAGGAGGUGCUCAACCCCCACAGACAGUACAACCCCUCGUCCCACAUGUUGUCCGGAGCUUUGGCCGGAGCCAUCGCGGCCGCAGCCACCACGCCCCUGGAUGUCUGCAAGACCCUGCUCAACACCCAGGAGUCCCUCACCCUCAGCUCCCUUCCUUCUGGUCAAGGCCCCGGCCAGGGACAAGGAGCCCACAGACAAAUCACAGGCCUGGCCCACGCCUUCCGGACGGUUUACAGGCUGGGCGGCCUGCAGGGCUUCUUCAGGGGAGUCCAGGCGAGGAUCAUCUACCAGAUGCCCUCCACCGCCAUCAGCUGGUCGGUCUACGAGUUCUUCAAGUACGGACUCACCAAGCACCAGCACGACAAGAGGAGAUCGCAGCACAUGGAGGCUGAGAUCUAGACACCUCCUUGGUUUAAUCUCCUCUAAUGUUGUUCUGUCCUCCCCGAGAGGAGACGAUGAAGUCAAUACGCACAUAGAAUCUGACUAAAAUCCACCUCAGCUGUCCCUUCAUUUCAGACAUAGCAGAUAAGAAAGACCUCUUCAAAGACGGUUUGAGUUGUUAUAUUUCUGCUAAGCUAUUUCAAGACUAGGUUAUGGUUUGAGUUAUGUUGUUUCUCUCCUCUAGAAGAAAACAUUUACACGGCAUUAUAGAUCUAGUUAAUCAUGAGUUGUUUUUUUUUUAAGCCAUUCUAGUGACCACUACGUUUGUCCAAGCUGAGGAUAAAUGUCAAGAACGCACAAGUUUUGAGUUGGAAAGGUAGUCAGCAGAGGGCAGUAGUGUUACUGUGUUAACUCUCUUGUAGUUUCAUGAGCUUUGCUGUCCUAGGACCAGAUUUUUUGUUUUCACCCAUCCAAGCCUUGAGUUUGCAAAUGAAAAUUAUAACUGACUCAUGAUCCAAACCCCUCUCUGCAAUAAUAAUUAAUAAACUAUUUUUUUUUUAACAUCAUAACAGACUAUUUCCACAGUGAUCCUAGACAAGACAGGUUCACUUUCUAGUUUGGGCUACACACAGGCAUUCAGUCUUUUUAUCAAAAACAUCUUUCAUUUGAUCCAAUUUAAAAGUAUUUCAGGUUUAGACUCAAAAGCAAACGGAUCCUAGCUGACAACAUUUUGAUGUUACACACAUUUCCUGUUAUGAAUCAGUUCCCAGAUACCUUUUUGCAGAAAAGUAAUGGAACCUUGCCAACAUGGCAACUCAAAGUUGAGAGUUCUCACCAUCUGUGUGGAUCUUGAUCUGAAUUGUGUCAUUUGAGAUGUUUUCUAAAAGUAUUUAUUUUAUGAUUUCACAAAAAGACCAUAGACUGAAUUUGGGGUUCCCUUUUUUCUUAGGAAUCAUUUUUCAUAUUUUUUUCCCUUUUUUCAAAUGUCAAGAUUGCUCCCUAUGAUAUAAUUGGACAGAAAUGACAAAUAUUCAGUAGCUCUGGGGUAUCUGAAGAGUGCAUUUAAUUUAUUUUUAAUAUUUUUGAUUCCUUAAAUGGUAUUUUAUUUCCAGCACAUACAUAACUUUAAACUUUCCCAUUAUUUUUUUUCACCCCAUUUAUGUGUUAAAAUCAACUCUUGGAUCAUCCAAAUACUCACCAUUAAUGCCUUGUGUACGUGUUUGGCAGAGCAGACCAGGGCAGCAUUAAGACGGCCAUUUCUGUGCAUUAACUGUAGCUAUCAGUCUGUUAUCAGCUUGUGAACUACUGAGUUUCGAUAUCUGUGCUUGACAACAAAGGCUGUGUACAUUGUACUGUGCCCAAAAGGAGUUCAGUAUCCCACAAGAUAUGUAUCUGUACCCCCAUUGAGUACACAUAAAUGGAAGCUAUCAUUCUUAUUGAUUGAUGUCUGAUUGUUUCCGACACUGAAUUGCACUCAUUGAAUAAAGUCGGAGCAGCGGGGCUCUACUCGCUGCUCAUAAAUGAUGGGA